GAGAAAAGACGCAACUAGAAACUGAUAAAAACAAACUAAAUACUGACCUCAUCGCUCUCGCUACUGAAUUUGAUCGGGAAAAGACUCGAGCUGAUAAUUUACAAACUCAAAUAACUAAUCAUCAAUGUGAAGCAGGAGGUUGUUUACAUACUGAUUAUGGAGAAAUCCAAGCUGAACGAACUGAUUUAACUAAUUUCAUCCGCAAUAAAAUUGGAGUUGACCCAACUAAUAAUGCUAAUGUUUUAGUUAACCAAUUAUUACCUGAUAGAACCAAACUAACUGAUAUUCCUGAUGGUAAUUAUUUAGCAAAAUUGUUAUAUCACAAUAAUUUAAUCCAUCAAAUUACUAAUGAUACUACGGGAUUACCUGACCUUAUCAAAGAAGUGGCGGAAAAUGAAGGAAUUGAUGCUCAUGGUCUUAAAUUUGGUUAUAAAGUUGAUACCGUUAAAUUACAAAAUCAUCGAAAUAAUGUUAUGCGCCUUGAUGAUAUAGCAAAUCUAAAUAAAACUGAUUUAGACACUGCUAACCAAACUAUUACUAAUGCUGAAACUUACUUAAAUUUAAGAGGCAAAAAAUUAGUUGAUAUUAUGACUCCCACCCAUGAUAAUUAUUUAGAAUUACCUAUUUCUCUUACUGAUGAUACCCGAGCUGCUGGUUUAGACAUUUUUGACCGAAAUCCUGCCAAUGGUAAUAUAAGUGGUUUAAAUUUAGAUAAAAUUGAAGACUAUGCUAAAUCUUUACAGCGACUAGGUUUAACUGAUUUUCAAAAUGCUACUAUUACCCAGAAAUUAGGAACUAAUAAAUUAAGUGAUAUCCCAACUGGCAAAACUUUAACUGAUUUGCUGACUGCUACUCCUAUUGCUCCUUGUGCCGUUCCUUGUCAUAAUGCUACUCAUAAUGAUUAUAACACCCGCCAAACGGAAAGUGAAGAAUAUCGUCGCAUCAGAACUAAACUAAAUAACAAAACCAGUGAUAGUGAAUUAACUAACCUUCUCAAUGCUGUUCCAACUUGUUCUCAUACUGAUUACGAUACUAUUAAACAAGCCUUAGCUGCUGAGCAAGCCAAAACCAAAAAACAAAAAGAGACUUGUGAUUUAGAGAAAAAAGCCGCCCAAGAGCAGAAAGAAAAAGAGAUUAUUAAUAAAAUUAUUACUGAUUUAAGUUUAGCAACCGAGAGAGAGAGAGAGAACGUAUUAGAGGCU